AUGGCGACGGGGCCAGAAGUGGAGGCCGUGGCGACCUUCGACUGCAUGGGCCUGAGCGAUGAUAUCCUCCACGGCAUCUAUGGCCACGGGUUCGACAAGCCUUCCGCGAUUCAACAGCGAGCAGUGGUGCCGAUUGUCCAAGGCCGAGACGUUAUUGCUCAGGCGCAAUCUGGCACUGGCAAAACUUCCACCAUUGCCCUCGCGUCUUGCCAUAUCGUGGACACCUCCACAAGAGAUGUGCAAGUGCUGAUUUUGUCACCUACGAGGGAUUUGGCGAGUCAGACGGAGAGAGUUGUGCUGGCUAUUGGUUAUUACAAGAACAUACUAGCCCAUGCCUGUGUUGGAGGGAAGAGCAUGGGCGAAGAUACCCGGAAAUUGGAGCUCGGAGUUCAUGUCGUGUCUGGAACUCCCGGCAGGGUUCUCGACAUGAUAAAGAGGAGAACUCUUCGUACUAGAGCUAUCAAACUCCUAGUCCUUGACGAAGCUGAUGAGAUGCUGAGCAGAGGAUUUAAGGAUCACAUCUUUGACGUUUACAGAUACCUACCGCCGGAGCUUCAGGUUGUCUUAGUUUCAGCAACACUCCCCACUGAGAUUCUGGAGAUGACAGGAAGAUUCAUGACCGAUCCGAUACGGAUUGUUGUGAAGCGUGAUGAGUUGAUGCUGGAGCGCGUCAAACAGUACUUUGUGUCAGUGGAAAGAGAAGAGUGGAAAUUCGACACUCUGUGCGAUAUAUACGACGUCUGCACUAUAAGCCAAGGAGUCAUAUUCUGCAACACCAAGCGGAAGGUGGAGUGGCUUGCUGAAAAGAUGCGUGAUUGUAACUUCACUGUGUCUUUCAUGCACGGUGACAUGCCUCAAAGGGAGAGAGAUGCAGUAAUGGCUGCAUUUCGAUGUGGGGCGACUCGGUUGAUGAUCACUACCGAUGUGUGGGCUCGAGGGAUUGAUGUUGAGCAGGUUUGUCUUGUCGUCAACUAUGACCUUCCUAACAACAGAGAGCUGUACAUCCAUCGGGUUGGUCGAGCAGGCCGUUUUGGGCGGAAGGGCGCUGUGGUAAAUCUGGUCAAGGACAAGGAAAUCCAGAUUCUUAGAGACAUAGAACAGUACUAUGGCACCACUAUAGCUCAAUGUCUGGAGGACCUUCCUGAUAUAAUUUGACAAGAUAAGAACAUUUAGAAAGGCCGUGAAAGGCUUCCUGUUAAUAGCCUAAAGCAAAGCGUUACGUUACUCCUCACCCAUAAAUUAUCGCAUUCUUUGUUCUUUUCAAAACUUGGGAGGCGGUUGGGUUGUGUUUCGAAUGUUUAAUUCAAGGAUUUUAUCUUAUGUAUUUUGAGUUUCGAUCUUUGAACACGGGCUCAUACACGAAUGGUGUCUUACCACAAAAAAUAUGGAAACCAUUCGACAAUUUGGGUAAUAACUUAUUGA